AUGCCUGCUGAUGGCGAGGCUGUUGACCGGCUGUUCGAGGAGUUGAUCCGGGAUGGCGGGUACUACUGGGGGGAGGAGCUUGUGGACGAGCUGCGACGCGGGCCGUGCUCGAAGCGGUGGGAGUUCAUAUGCAAAGUGCAUGGUCUUGAGACUAGCCAUCAGGGAGCGGGUAAAUCUAGUGAUAAUGUUGGUGGGACGUUGAAUGGGCCAGUGGAUGCGGGUGGCCAGGCGGAGGCAGAUGAAGAGAUCAGCGGGAUAUUGCAGAAGCUUGAGAGCGUUAAAGACACAGUGCUGGCGAGUGAGUCUGGUGGAGAAACAGUGCUGCGGUUUCUGUACAAUUUAGAGAAACUACUGCGACAGAGCAGGCUUCGAGAGGUGUUCGUAUAUUACGAUUAUGUUACCGCUCUUCUCGAGCCACUAGUGACAGUGAUCCUAGACCUUGAGCAGAUGCACGGUCACAAUUCGAAGUUCUUGUAUAUCCAUCUGCGGUGUAUCAAGACCAUAAUGAACUCCAGUGAAGGGCGGCUGCUUGUGUUGAAGAACGAUGUGCUGGUCACUUACUUGCGCGACAUAGUCACCACUGAUUUGGAAUUUAGUAUAAACUUCGUGAAGAACAAGUGCCAGGCUAUGGAAGUCUUAUUGCUUUUGUCCUAUUUGGAUAUGGAUCGUGGCUUUCAAGUUAUAUAUGAGACAUUUGAACCUUACAUGGAUGAAUGGAUGGAUUCAACUUUAUGUAAUUGCGACGAGUUGCAACAUUACGAGUCCAGUUCCUCGCUGAUAAACCCUACUAAAAUUCUGGUUGAAUAUUGUACCUUAUUCAUGUUCAUGGUUAAUUCCAUUAUUGAAGGAUACCAAUCUUUUGAAAAGAAAUCUGCGAUCAUCGCGAGUUUCGAAAAUGUGGAGAAGUUUACACCACUUAUUACAUUGAUAGAAAACCUUGAUGAUGAAAAUACAUCCACCCAGAUAAAGAAAUACAGAGAUGUGAAGCUGGAAAUAAUGACUAGAAACUCUUGUGUUCCUUCGAUCUUGGAAGAUGUUUCGUACUCACAGGUAUUAACUGAUCUAGUUAUACAAACAAAGAACACUGCGCUUGAAUCUGGUUUAGGAAAUUUAUUCACACUGGUAUUCCAAGUUAUUCACACGAAAAAACUUAAUGAAUGUAUCAAAUUUCUGAAAUUGAUAGCGUUAUUGGUACCGUAUUUGAAUAAAGUUCUCACUGUAGAAGAUUCAUUGGAAAACCCUGACUAUUUUUUCAAAGAUGCAAUCACAACUCUUGUAGAUAAUUUACAAAGUGAGGAUCUAACUAGAAGAGCUAUGGUGGAGAUAAAGACGUUGGAAAAAAAUAUCACGGAAUUGAACUCUCAUAUUGCAGAGCUUGAAAAUGAGGCCCAUAUGGAUAAAAGGACCAUAAUACAGCAACUAAAACAAGCAGAGCAUAUGCUGGAGGAAAAAACUAUAGAGAAUGAAUCAUCCAUUAGAUUAAUCAAUCAGCUCAAAGGCCAGUUAAGAGAAAAACAGAAAAAAUAUGAUCAAUUACUGGUACAUCAGCGAAUGGCUCCAAAAGAUACCAGAAGCAUCAGUGGAGGAAAGAUAUUUGAAAAUGUUAAUUCAGGUAAAGUUAAUCAAAGAUCCUUUUCGACAUCAAGUGCAAAGAUGAUAUAUAAAAGUAAAGGUUUCCGAUCCUUAGUGUCUGUUGUGCAGUCAAAUGAGGACUUCCAUAAUCAAAAAGAGAACAUUAGUGGGUACAAACCAGGACUUAAUAUGGUCUAUAAUGAGAAUGGUAAAGGAUCUUCUUUAACUACAUUUGACACUGGAAAAGGAUAUCCUCAAAACGUGUUCAAUACAGGUAUAAAAUCUCAGCAAGGUGAUGUCAAGCAUGGACAGUAUUUAUUAAAAAGUGCCCAAUAUAGCAGUGACAUCUCUUCAGACAUUGCGAAGCAAGAAUUUAACGGGGCAGCUAGUAAUGGAAAGCCAUAUAUUUUACCACAGAAUAGUGUAAUGACUCUUAAUAUGAAUACGUCUGUUGAUUCAGUUGUCUCUACUGAAUUCGAUCAACCAUCAAUACAACCUGAACACGGAAAUGUUCAAAUAGCAGGUCUUCCACCUCCACCUGUUCCUCCAUUUUUGAAAUUAGGUGGGGGUUCCAAACUGUCUGUUACUAGUAGCAAUGAUGAUAAAGAUGGUCCAACAAUUCCUGAUAGUCCUAUAAUGGAGUUCCCUGGUAUUUUGACUAAUAUUGAUAUCAAAAAAAAUGAAGAUGCUUCAACGAAAAUUGGAGUCACGAAUGACAAUCUGCCACCUCCACCUCCCCCACCUCCAUUACCGCCAAAUUUGACAAAAAAUAAAGCCUCAGCAGAUACUAGUGAUGAAGCAAGUGGUGAUGUGGUGGUUGCUCCACCACCACCACCACCCCUUCCCUCAAAUUUUAAUGUUCCAUCCAGUACUCCAAAAUCUACUAUUCGUUUGAAGCAAAUUCAUUGGGAAAAGGUUGAUGAUGUAGGAGGAACGUUGUGGGAGGAUGUCUCAGGAAUACCGCUCGAUCAUUUGAAGGAUGAAGGUGUAUUUUCUCAAAUUGAAAAGUACUUUAAGAUCCUUGAGCCUGUAAAGAAAACCAAAGUCCUUGCUGAAAAUGAGAACAAACCCACAAAAAUAAGUUUUCUGACUCGUGAUAUCGCCCAGCAAUUUGGAAUUAAUCUUCAUAUGUAUUCCCAAUUGUCUGUUGAAGAGUUUGUGACAAAAGUGUUAAAGUGUGAAGAUGAUCUUAUCCAAAAUGUUAGUGUAUUGGGAUUUUUUACCAAGGAAGAUUUAACCCAAAUUCCAAGUGGUUUAGAGAGGAAAUUUGCUCCUUAUAGUACUAACUAUCUCACAGAUGAUUCACCAGAGAAGGAUCCACGAGAACUAGAACGUGCAGAUCAUAUUUAUUUAGAGCUUUUCUACAACCUUAGAUCUUAUUGGUCUGCAAGAUCUCAUUGUUUGCUUGUUUUAACCACCUAUGAAAGAGACUAUUUCGAUUUGAUGUACAAACUAGAAAAGAUAGAUGAAGCAAUUCAACGAUUAUACGAUUCAACACGUAUAAAGAAGCUUUUAUUGAUUAUUAGAGAAAUUGGGAAUUACAUGAACAAAGGAAGUGUAACUGGUAUCAAAUUAAAUUCCUUACCUAAGUUAUCCUUUGUGAAGUCGAGUAGUGAGAAAAAUAUCUCCUUUCUACAUUUUGUCGAAAGGGUAGUUAGGGAGAGUUUUCCUGAUGUUUAUACCUUCACUGAAGACAUAGCAAAGGUGGAAGAUUUAGGGAAAGUUACGUUGGAACAUGUUGAACUCGAAUGUGAAGAAUUUGCGGAGAAAGUAGGCUCUGUAGUGUAUUCUUUGACUCAGGGUAAAUUAUCGGAUCCCACUAAGCUUCAUCCUAAGGAUGCGAUAUUCACUAAAAUGAGGUACAAGAUUAAUAGAGCCAAAUCGAAGAGUGAGCUCUUGAUUAAUCAACAUGAGUUGACUAAGCGUAGUUUGAAUAGAUUGAUGAAAUACUAUGGUGAAGAACCCAUGGACAAAGAAAGUAAAAAUAAUUUCUUCAACUAUUUUGUUGAAUUUGCGAUGGUUUUUAAAAAAUGUGCAAAGGAGAAUAUAGAAAGGGAAGAAGUAACUAGACUUUACGAACAAAGAAAGCAUUUGCUUGAACAGAGAAAUAAGAAAAUCGAAGAGCAAGAGCAUUCCGAUGAUGAAAUCAACGCAGUUGAUGAUUUAAUAACAAAGCUGCGUGAUGCAAAAAAACAACACCCUGCUCCGUUAAGGCGUCGCCGUAGUACUAAGGCUGUCUUAAAUGAAAAGAGAGCUGGGGAACCAUUAUUAGAGAGAACUCAAGCACUAUUGAGUGAUAUACAAAAUAUCUAG